AUGGCUGAGCAUCGCCUUGGCGAGGUGCGCGGGUACCGCCUGUCCAUCGAGCAGGGCAUCAGCCUCCUGCCACCAAUCGAUGCCGGCCUCACCACGUGGUACAUCGUUGGCCGUCUCAACCCCGUCACCACCUACCGCGUCUCCGUGAUUGCGUACAACGAUGGCGGUGAUGGCGAUGCCAGCUCUCCGCAGUCGGUCAUGACAGCGGCCACCGUGUGUGCAGAUGACGAGUACGAGACGGCGCCACCCAUGGGGGCAAUGGACCGCCAGUGUGGCCCCUGCUCGUCGUGCGGCUCUGGCAUGUACGAGACGGCCGCCUGCACGCGCACCAGCGACACGAUGUGCGCCGCAUGCAGCACCACCUGUGGCGAGGACGAGUGGAUUUCGUCGCCCUGCACGGCCUCGUCCGAUAUCGAGUGCUCCGCGUGCUCUACGUGCGACCUCUCGGUCGAGAGCCACGUGGCCGACUGCACCCUCUUCUCCGACACCGUCUGCGUCCCAUUCACCACGACGACGACCACGACCACCACAACCACAACAACGACUACUCUGCCAACAACGACCGUUCCAUGCCAUCCAACGUGCGCCACGUGUGCUGGCGAGGCAGCUGACGAGUGCCUGUCGUGCCACGGCAGCUACAGCGUGUACCUUGGACGCUGCGUGCCAUCGUGCCCCGCCUCCACAUACAAGGAGAGCGGCCAGUGCUUGACAUGCCCCGCCACGUGCGACAUCUGUACGAGUGCUGACGUGUGUGUCACGUGCCGUCGCGGUUAUUUCCGCCAUAAUGGCGCGUGCGUGGAGGCCAGCAGCUGCCCCACUGGUUCCUACGCUGACGCCGACCUCGACACAUGUGUGCCGUGUACCGCUGGCUGCGCCACGUGCAAUGCCGAUCGCUGCACGCAGUGCGCUGGCACCAAGCUGCUCCUGCCAACUGGCGAUGAGUGCGUGGACGCCUGCCCGGACCAGUACUUUGCAUCCACCACGACGCUGGGCGCACGCGAAUGCAAGGCGUGCGACACCUCGUGCAAGUCGUGCUCUGGCACUCUGCCGACACAGUGCACGGCCUGUUUCGAUGGCGAGGAGCUGAAGAGCGGCCGCUGCGUGCUGCCGGGUGGUGGUGGCACGACCAAGAGCCCAACAACACGUGACCCGUCUGCCUCCCAGUCUGGCACAGACAGCACUGCUGACUCGAACACACUGAUUUACGUCGCUGUUGCUGUUGGCGCCGUCAUCGCCCUCGCCCUCAUCAUGAUUGGCGUCGCGCUGCUUCGCCGCAAGAACGCAAAGGCAGCCAGUGGUGGUGCACACAAGUUUGAUGGUCAGCAGGGCUCUACCAUGGCUUCCUAUCGCUCCGGCUCUCUCCACGGCCGUGACAUGGUCAUCUCCAACCCAGCGUACAUGCUAAACGAGCCAAAGCCGUGGACCGAACAGCAGCAGCAGCAACAACAACAACAGCCGACGAAGAGACCCGCCAACGACGCCGACAUGGAGCCACUCUACGAGGACCAGGACAUGUACGACGAUUCUGAGCAGAAUGAGGGCGGGUACCUGACCGUCAACCCCGACGAUGAUCGGAUGGCCGCUGACAACAACGGUACGUCGCAGGAUGACGGCGAGGCCUUGUACGACGAGCCGUCCGCCAUGCUGUCGCACAAGGACGAGGAGCAUGAGAAGCCCCGUGAUGACGACAGCAAUGACGAGUGA